AUGCGGCUGUUCUAUGUUCGUAGAAGUGGCAGUAGACAAAUGCUCGCUAGCAAUGGCUCGGACGAGAUCUCGCGAGCUUUGCUGUCGCAAUACGUGGCUGUUGUCAUCGUGUGGAGCAUAAUGGGAAGGGGCAGCAGAUGCUUUCUAUGGUGGUCAUUGGCGCAGAAAUCGAGCAGUAAGAAGCAAGAGAGUGUACAGUCUUGUCGUCAAUCUCGGGAUAUGAGAUUGAGGUCGUGGGGGAUGGAACAAAGGAGGGGAGUCCGCGAUGGUGGUAGCGUGAAGGAAAGGAGGGUGGCAGAGAGAGAGGGAGAGAGACCGGAUCUAGACGAUGCUUGGACGCACGGUUUGCGGGUGGCAACCAGUACUUAUGGGUGGUCACAGACCUUCGAUGUCAAAUAUCUUGAUAUUUUUGACGAUCCCAUUCUUGACUCCGACGGCGGAGUUGACAGCGUCAGAGGCAACGAUUUGCCGCAAUCCUGCCAUCUAUGGCUAUGUCUUGACUCGAGAAGCACUGUGACGGAGCGUAGAUCUUCAAUAACGGAAAAGAAGCAUCUUUUUAAUUUUCAAAACACUCCUGAUCCGGACUUCAGCGCGGUAAAAACCAACCCUGCCAAUCAUCCCGCCAAACUACAAGGGAGUCUAUGA